AUGCACGAGGCUGCACAGGGAAUUCCCCGCGUCGCCUCUUUUCUAACAAAUAUCACUUUCCUGUCCACUGUCACUCAUUCGCUCGGGCUUCUCCAAGAGACAACAACGUUUGAUACCACAGAGUGUUCCUGCAUUAUGGAUGUUCUUAUGAUGCUAGGGGACGAUUCACAUCUAAUGGCCGAGCCUUCUGUCCAGAUCUUCGAGCAGCCGAAGCAGAGGGGAAUGCGCUUCAGGUACAAGUGUGAGGGUCGCUCAGCGGGAAGCAUCCCCGGAGAGAAGAGCUCUGACAACAACAGGACCUACCCCAGUCUGCAGAUCCUGAAUUACUGCGGUAAAGGGAAAGUACGCGUUUACUUGGUGACGAAGAACGAGCCGUACCGACCGCAUCCACACGACCUGGUGGGCAAGGACUGCAAAGAAGGGUUCUACGAGGCCGAGUUUGGUCCAGACCGCAGAGUGAUCGCCUUCCAGAAUCUGGGUAUCCAGUGUGUGAGAAGGAGGGAAGUGAAAGAUGCGAUCGUACAGAGGAUGACCAGAGGGAUCAACCCCUUCACUGUGCCACGAGAGCAGCUGCUGCAGACGGAGGAGUACGACUUGAACGUGGUCCGCCUGUGUAUCCAGGUUUCCCUACAGGACGAGAGCGGCCAAUACACCCGGCAGCUCAAUCCCAUCGUCACAAACCCCAUCUACGACAACAGGGCCCCAAACACUGCAGAGCUGAGGAUCUGUCGGGUAAACAGGAACAGUGGCAGUGUCAAGGGAGGGGAUGAGAUCUUCUUACUGUGUGACAAAGUACAGAAAGAUGACAUUGAGGUGCGAUUCUUCUGCUCCGAAGGCUGGGAGGCCAAAGGCUCCUUCUCCCAGGCCGAUGUUCAUCGCCAAGUCGCCAUCGUCUUCAAGACUCCACCCUACUAUAACACCUCCAUAUCAGAGUCGGUCACCGUGCAGAUGCAGUUGCGCCGGCCUUCCGAUCAGGAAGUCAGUGAAGCAAUGGAUUUCAGAUAUCUGCCUGACGACAAAGAUCCUUACGGCUACAAUGAGAAAAAGCGCAAAAUAGAGCACUUGAUGAGGAUCUCAGGAUUAUCCGGUGGUCCUUUCACUGGUUUGACAAUGAACAGGCCAAAGGCAGUGCCAACGAGUACUUUGAGCCACAUGCGGAAAGACCUCAACAACUUGUACCCGAGGCAACAGCCCACACCUCCGAUGCAGCAACAAGCGCCUGUAUUCAACCGGGCCUACCAACACGGUGCUCAGAAUGUAAUGAUGAAUCCUCAAGCUCCUAAUGUGCCUGUGAGCCAUUUAUGGGCAAAUCCCAACCCAGCACUCUCAAUGGAUACGGUCACCGUAAACCAGUCAGGUGCCAUGUGCAAUCUGCCACGUCCUAAUAUCAAUAGGCAACAGCAGCAGAACCGUGGAUCUGGUUACCCCCAGAGAGUGGCUCCUAGCCGCUUCGAGAAUAACACCCUCCCUCAGCUCUCUGACAGGGACUUGCAGUGUUUGGAAACAGUUCCCCAGGCCCCUGUACUGAGUCAGUUAGAUUCGCAGUCGCUCUACAACCUGCAGCAACAAAGGGAAGAGCAUGUGUCUGAUACUCAAGCCCAGAACAAUCUAGGCAACCAGAACCAGGGUCUCCAAACUGCGUGGCCCAAUUUCAAUAACCUUAAUCCAAUCCAGAGCACCUUUAGCGGUGCAGUACCCGGAGGUGGAGGGGGGUCACAGGGGCUGGCCACUUUCCCCUUUGUAGGGGGAAUGGAAGGGGAAGAGUUUCUGAAGGGCUUUGUAGGAGGAAGAUCUCACACUGGCUUCCAGCUGAAGCAGGAGCCACAGAUCACAGUGGCACAAGAGACCCAUGCUUCUCUGAUGCAUUCCCCAAGCGAAAGCCAAGAAAAUACUUACACCAACUUGCUUCCUCGUAUGAGCAAUGGCAUCGACAUGGAUCCAAUGAGGCAAGGCGAUGGUGGCAACAUUCAUCCUCUUAAAAAUCAGCAAAAUCCAUACUCAAGCAACAGCAUGGCCUCAGAAGGCCACUUCCCAACUCUGGAUGACUGGUUAAAACAAUCCCGGCAAGCUGACUAAAAGGAGUGACAUUUAUUUAAUAAUAAUAUAUAAACAAAAAAAGCAGUUCCAGCAGUGCAUUGGUCUUGUUUAGUCUUGCAAAGCCAGACAAUUUGCUUCACCUAUUCGGGCCCAUUAGGGCUCAGUGCUUGGGAUGUUACAUCAGUGGGCACAAGAGAGAAAUGAUUGGAGGCUGUUUGGAAUCUCUAACCAGGCAAAAGCAUUGUCGAUGCGGUACACUUAAUUAGGAAAAUGUUCCAUUAAAAAAAAUUGUAAAGAUACCACCCAGAAUGUUUCGUACCUACAUCUUAACCGCCAGCAGUGCCGCUUGUCACAUGCCCUUUUUCCACCAAACCAGUUCCAGGGCCGGUUCCGGGCUAGAGCCUGAUUUAGCUCUGGGUCUUCCUGUUUCCACCUAAGCACCAAAAACCGGUUAUUUUAUUAUAGCAGCUAUCGGAGUGAAUUAAUACAUGGGCUACACAGGUUGCCAUGUCCGACUAUCACAAGAAGGAUCAUAAUGAAACAUACGCCAGUAAAAUGUGCCUGUAGAAAACGGCUUAUGCCACAAUAGGAUAGCAACAAGUAGUGAAGAUUGUCAGAUUCGCUUCGGUUGCUAAGCUAACAUCACCCAUUUUAUACCAGAGAAACUUUCAUAAUAGCGUUGUGAUGCCAAACAGCGUCAAUUCAUACUGAAACACAUUCACUUAUGGGGAUGGAGGAUAUGUAUCAGCUGCUUUUGUGACAGUCAGACAGUGAAGACUUUACAGUGGCCGCUGCCGUGAGUUAACGGGAGAAUAAACUCCGGUGGACGAGCAGCACUGUAGUGGUCGGUAAAUGCCGCUGAAACACAUUAAUAAACAAUGAACCACGGGGCUCUGGAGAAAAGUAUAAGGUUGUAGAAGUAGUUAUAUUAUUUAAUCUGGCUUUGUAUGAUUAAAAGUAACACGAUCAUCGACCCGAUGCAGUCGAUUUUUUGUCCCCCAUUGCUGUUGUUGUGAGCGGCGUUUGGGAGAAAAUCAGCGCCGUAAACGAUGAUGUGAUGACGCAGCACCAGUCGGGCUCUGGGCGGUGGAAACACAACUUGGGCUAAAAAGAAGAACGUUCAGAACGAGAAGAGCACUAGCACGGAGCUAGAACUGGAACUGGUUUGGUGGCAAAGGGGCAAAAGUGUCUUUGCUUCCCAUUAUUAAUCUGAAAAGACACUAUUAAACUGAUUUAAAAAAACAUUAUUUCUUCGUAUAUUUGAGAAAAUAAAUAGUAGUGCUGUUGAUAUGACAUUUAUAUCAAUGAUGCCUUUUUCAAAAACCCUAGUUAAAGUUUGGUACGAUUCCACCUCAACUUGUAGCUCUGAACUGGUGGGGUGUGCCAUCACUGUUUCAGUGUCCUUUUAGUCACCCCACCUAAUUCACUGAUUGGUUUACAGCUGCUGUUGUUCAGUAGAUAUUCUCCAAACUAGUCAAUACAACUUACCUCAAAUGAAAUGUGGCUUCUGCAAGCCAGAGACCUGAAGGUUGUAAGGACAACCAUACAAUGCCGAUGGUUUCCAAGCAAAAGUUCUAUUUUCGCAGAAGUGAAUGUACUACUUUCUUUUUUUUGUCUUUCUCAGGUGAAGCUGGAUUCACUGUUAACAUACUGUAUCGUUUUUUUAAUGUUUUGUUGGAGUGUUGAAUCUUGAAAGAAAAAACAUGGGGAAAUGGAUGUUGGUUGAAUUUGUACAGCUUAUUGUCAUGUGUUUACUCUUUUUAUUGCUUUGUAAAGGAUGCUUACAUAUUUUAUCGUUUUAUUGAUUUGUCUUUUUAGCAAAUCUUUGCUUUUUUAUGCACUCUGUACAUAUAUGUUAGCCAUAGUUGAGAGUGAAAGCAAAAACCAUGCUGAAACGCUCAAGAACUGGCAAGGUACUGAAAUUUCCAUUGAGGAAGUGGUUGGAAACACAUUUAGUGUUGUCUUUCCUUUGUAAUGACUAUGUCAUAACAGUGAUCACAUGUGUUUUCCAGAGUUCUCAGAUAAUUUCUACUAAAAGUUUUAUAUAUACGGAUGUCAAUUGUGUUUUGUAUUGAUGUUUCAUUAAUUCAGCUGAAGUUCAUACUAUGGUUCAAAGUUUGCCUUGCUAGAGGACAUUGUGAAUAGACACAGGGCUGAUGAUAAUAAUAGUGAUAAACAAACUGUCAAACCAAGCCUAGUGUAUCCUAGCGUGUAUGCCCUCCAGAAUAUUUUGAUGACCACUUUGUAUGAUUGCUGUUUUUGGAUUUUUCUACUAAAUAAUUUCUUAAUAAACAGAGUCUGUCUUGUUCCACUUA